CGCUGAUUCUCUCACUUUACUUGAAGCAGACGACACAAACGGACGUAACAGUUCUUUAUCAAAAUGGUUACUAAACGUGACGAGGGGAUGGACAGUUUUACUGCCGCGGAGGGGGAGGUGAAAUGUGUGGUUGUAGGGGACGGAGGGGUGGGGAAAACCAGUAUGGUUCUCAGUUACAGUACCGGCAAAAUUCUCACGGAAUAUCAACCCACCUGCUUCGACAGUUACACAGUGCCGGUACCUAAAGACGAGAGUGACGUGUCUGUCAUGGUAAUGGAUACGGCGGGACAGGAUACGUACGACAGGUUGAGGACACUGGCUUACUUUGAUACCGAUAUAUUCCUCGUCUGUUUUGCUGUGGACGACAAAGACUCGCUGGACAAUGUCCGCACCAAGUGGGUACCGGAGAUACGCGAGUACCGGCCGAAUACCCCAUUCAUCCUGGUUGGUACGCAAACCGAUUUACGGGGCUCGAUCGUUGACAUCACCGAUUCCUGCGUGUCGACGCAGCAGGGCCGCAAGAUGGCCAAGCGUCUUGGUGCAAUCAAGUAUAUGGAAUGUAGCUCGCUGGAUGGUGUCGGAUUAGAAGAGAUUUUCAGAAUGGCCAUCCGGGUAACCACUGAUCCAGUUUUGAAAAAGAACAGGAAAUGGAAUAGUUUCAAGCGACUAUUCCGCAGGAAAAGUACCAUCGUUUGAUGAAUGGGCGCGGACUUUACACGUCUCGGCGAUAAACCUGGAGGUACCCCGAAACACAGAAUUGGCGGGGCGAUUUCUCAUCCCAGUGACCGAUUGCUUAAACAGGAUUACCCCUCUAUCCUAGGCGGAGUAAGGCGGUCAAAUCGAUUCGCGCCAAGGAAGUUAUCGAAAUAUGACCGAAUGCCUGACCUUUCACACAGUCCGUCGGGAAUACUUUCUCGUCUACAGAAAGUUCCGAAGGUUCCCGAUAGGUUGUCCACCUAUGAUGCUGGCGGUGUGAUAUCCGAUAUCUGUUACCCCCACGUAACAGAUUCAGAUUAUUUAUUUCUUUGUGUUUUUCAACACAUCAGAGAGACAUUACAAAGUAGCCUCACACCAGCAAUUAACCACGAGUGCCACAGUGCGAAACAUUGUUCAAAUAUCAGGGUCUAAUUUUUUCUAAGCGAUCAUUGAAAUAGUUUUGUUCUGAACACGCUGCAUAAAAAGUGAUGCUGAAUUUCAUUUUUUUUCUAUUAUUCUUUAUUGAAAUAAGAAACAUCUGUCCUUCGUUCAAGCGUUAGUCAUCAAAAUCGCACGUGUUUUGAGAGGCGUACAAGGAAACACUUUCAAAAUUGUUACCAAAACCGGAACUCCCAUAUACCACGAAGUGGUUACCUACUUCACCAGGCGGCUGUAAACAUUGUUCUCAGUAAUCUGACACGUGAUUGGUUAGUCCACGACAGCUCUCAGUACCCUGACAUGUGAUUGGAAAGUCCACACGACUGGUCAAGUGUGCUGUGUACGUAGUUUGCGGUGCGAAAUGGACGUCAUAGUUGUUAAUGUUAAAACAAAUUCAUCUGUGAUUUUUGACCUUUUUGUAUUUUUACUGUAUAUUUAUUGUUAUUUAUUAAAAUUGUUGACAUUUUAAAACAA